CACACUUUAACGAUUCUAAAUAUUGGGGACUUUUGUCAAAUCUUAUGUUUUAUUUUUGGAGUUCUCUCAAAAACAUGCAGCCUGCAACCGAUAAUAUUGCCUGGUCAAAGCGAGACGCUUCUCUGUUGAAAUCCGGAGAUUUUGCGGAUGUGUGUGUUCGCGUUGGCGACUCAAAAUUUUCGUGCCACAAGAUCGUUUUAGCCAAAGCUUCCGAGUUCUUUGAGAAAUUGUUUAAAAAUGAUGGCUUACAAUCGGGAGAGGUGGUUUUAGAGCAGCCGACCCCCAAACUUUUUAAAAUAUUCCUCGAUUACAUAUACACUUGGGACGACGAGCCAUUGCGGCAUCUUACGCUUAAAGAGCUGUCUUGUCUUCUGGAGAAUUCAAAUAUGUGGAUAGCUGUCCAAGUUGAAAAGACAUGCGAAGGAAUUAUAUUAGACCGAUGCCGUUCGACGGGAUCUAGAGAAUUAAUUGAGCUUUAUAGGCUGGCUCAUCUUUUGGAUAAGAAAUCAAUAAUGGACAGAGUCAUUAAGAUAAUGCAGAAUAACGAAAUGGACCACUCGGGAAUUUAUUAUAUGGGGAUUGACUGCUUCACUGAGUAUUUUAAGAGCACUACUCAGUUAAAUGAAAGUAAACGCUUCAAUAUGGCGGAGAAGUGGAUAUUAAAAAAUGUUUCACCAAUAAGGGGAUCAUAUUAUUCUAUCAACAUACCUUCAAAUUCUGAACCAGUUUCGGUAACGGGGAAGGUGACUCGAAUUUUGGAAAACAUAAGAUUUGAGAUUAUGUCACUGGAUGCAUUUUACAAUGGCCCUGGAAAGUCAAAGCUAUUGGCUGAUUCAAGAAAGGUUGAAAUCAUAUAUGAAAUUGCCAAAAAAGGCUGUCAUUAUUGCCAUCGUUUCUAAUUUAAUUGCGGCUCUUAUUUAACCAGCCAUUACAAAAAAAUAAAUAUUCAUUA